AUGGCUCCCCCGCCGCCCAAGGAACUCGCCAAGUUCAGCAUCAACAAUCUCAUGUCGCCCCCGGAACCAAUUCUCGACAACUUUAAUCAGAACAGCAAUGCAGCCAAUGGAGUCAAUGCCGAUGGCAAGGGAACUUCUGACCAUAACCCAUUGCCCAUGUCUCCUCCAAUCUCGCCAUACAGCAAGACAAUCCAACCUGCUGCAAACGGUUCGGUUACAUCUCCCAACCAUGUUGUCAAGGAUCCCGUUCUUUAUCCUGUCGAUGAGGCUUCGCCUUUCAGUCCUCCCCAGCCGCCUCUGUUUGCUCCCAUCGAGCUGGAAAAUCGGAAUACGCAGGAAAACAUCGACCGCCAUCUCCGCGCCCGCUCUGUUAGCAUCUUUGGCAAGGUCCUCCCACCCAAGCGCGAAGACUAUGAGCUGGCACUUCUUUUCAAGACACAGGUCAUGAAGCAUUACGAGAUCAACCCCAGGCGAUGGCUCGACAAUGAGCGCGCUCUUCUCAGGGCUGACAACAAGGCCAUUGCCCAGAGAUACCACCCUAUCCUGCCCGCCAAGACCGUUUCUGGGGCCAAGCCUGUCAGAGGCCAAACCAACCGUGUCUCCAAGCCCCAGGCCGUACCACGUCCUGCUCGCAACAGCGUCAGUUCUGGGUCUUCAGGUGGCGCCGUGAUUACCAGACCCGCCAAGCGCAUUAGCGCUACACCAGAGCCCUCGCGCCGCAUCGUCGCUCCCAAUCGCGAGGACAAGGACUUCGAUUCAAUCGAGGACUACUGCCCUCCUGGCAACUCUCUUCCCACCCGGCCCAAUUCUCUCAAGGUGGAUUGGAAGGGCCAGCCUAUCGACCUGAGCGGCGAUCCCCAUGCGCGCCUUCUGCACCCGGACGAGGUCUUGCUCGCGGGCAACCUGCGACUUGACUGCGCCACCUACCUUACCAGCAAGCGUCGCAUCUUUGAGCGCCGUCUCCAUUGCCUUCGCACCGGCAAGGAAUUUCGCAAGACGGACGCUCAGCAGGCAUGCAAGAUUGACGUCAACAAGGCCUCCAAACUUUGGACCGCUUUUGACAAGGUGGGCUGGCUCGAUGCCCACUGGGUGCGCCGCUUCCUCUAG